AUGAGCAUUUCCAAGUCAAUGCAAAAGUCCAUGCGAACCUGUGAAAGCUGGUAUGAACACGUCGCAAGUAAUGACAGAGCAUUGACUGACAAAUGGUGCGGUUGA